AUGUACCACAGGACUACAGUGUCUACUACCAGUCACUACACGUAUCAUCCUAAAUCAUUUCUAUCUGCUAGAUUUAGAUAUUCAAGUGGAUACGACAAAUUCUUAAUAACAAUAGGACUUAUCUCUUCAACUGGAGCAGGAAUCUUACAACCUUUAAACACACUUAUCUUCGGUAGUCUUACGGGUGAUAUUAUUGAAUAUGCUACAUCAAUGCAAAGAAAUUUAUCAGCUGAUCAGAAAAAAAUGGCAGAAGACAAAUUCUUUGACGCUAUACGAUAUUUUGCAAUAAUGAAUUCUGUGAUAGGAGUUGGAAUGUUUAUUUUCAGUUAUCUUGCGACUGUCAGUUUCAACUAUUCUGCUACAAGACAGAUUUUCAAAAUAAGGUCUGCAUAUUUAAAAUCUAUUUUAAAUCAAGAUGUAAGCUGGUACGAUGUCAAUCAGACUGGAGAGUUUGCCAGCAGAAUGUCAGAUGAUUUGCACAAAUUUGAAGAUGGUAUAGGAGAAAAAGUGCCGAUAUUCUGGAGUUUUCAAGUUGUUUUUUUAACUUCAAUUAUCAUAGCUCUUGUGAAAGGAUGGGAACUUGCUUUAAUAUGUUUAACAUCUCUACCCGCAACUUUGAUAAUAGUCCGCACUGUAGGAAUCCUAACCACAAAAUUAGCAAAAAAUCAAAUGGAAGCUUAUGCCGCAGCUGGCUCAAUAGCAGAAGAAGCAUUAUCAUUAAUCAGGACAGUGACAGCUUUUGGAGGUCAAAAGAAAGAAGUAGAGAGAUAUAACAAAAAUUUAGUUUUAGCCAAGAAAAAUAAUAUAAGAAGAUCGAUGCUUUCAGCGUUAGGUUUUGGUCUAUUAUGGUUGAUGAUUUAUUCCAGUUAUGCUCUGGCCUUUUGGUAUGGGGUUAAAUUAGUUUUGAGGGACAGAGCAGUUACGAAUCCAAUAUAUACUCCUAGUAAUAUGGUAACUGUUUUCUUUAGCGUUAUGUCCGGAGCUAGUAAUUUCGGUGGAGCAUCACCUUAUAUAGAGGCAUUUGGAAUCUCAAAAGCUGCUGCUUCAAAAAUUUUUAGUGUAAUCGAUCAUAAACCUACAAUUAAUUUAUCAAAAGAAAAUGGAAAAACACUAGAUGUACUCAAAGGAAAUAUAAGCUUUAAAGACGUGAAUUUUAGUUAUCCAUCUAGAAAAAAUAUACCAGUAUUAAAAGGAUUAAGUUUAAACAUUAAAUCUGGCGACACUGUGGCACUCGUAGGUAGUUCUGGCUGCGGAAAAUCUACUGUUAUGCAGCUAAUCCAACGAUUAUAUGACGCAGAGUCUGGAGAGGUUAUUAUAGACGGGAAUAAUAUUAAGGAUUACGAUUUAGCUUGGUUGAGAAGCCAAAUAGGAGUUGUAAGUCAGGAACCUAUUCUCUUUGGUACAACGAUUUUAGAAAAUAUUAGGUAUGGCAAAGAUGGAGUAACAGAAGAAGAUAUUAUUCAAGCAGCGAAAAAAGCUAACGCUCAUAACUUUAUUAAGUCGCUUCCUAACGAAUAUAAUACCUUGGUUGGCGAGAAAGGAGCUAAACUCUCAGGUGGACAAAAACAAAGGAUAGCUAUAGCUAGAGCUUUGGUAAGAAAUCCUACUCUACUGCUUUUAGACGAAGCUACUUCAGCGCUGGAUAAUACUAGCGAAGCUAAAGUGCAAGCAGCCCUGGAUACGGCAAGUAUUGAAUGUACAACUAUAAUUGUGGCUCACAGACUCUCAACAAUUCGUAGUGCAAAUAAAAUUAUUGUGCUGUCCCAAGGAGUUGUAGUAGAGGAAGGAACCCACGAAGAAUUAAUGGAAAAUAAACGGGAGUACUACAGAUUGGUAACAACCCAAGUCAAAUCUUCGGCACAGUUUCAAGCUGAAAAGAAAAAACUCGUAAGGUCUAUUAGUGCGACGAAUAGUAGUACAGGAUCUGACCAUAUAAUCGAAGCUACGGAAGAAGAUAAUGAUGAUGAUUUCAAGGAAAAUAAUCACGUUUCCGUUUUUGAAAUAUUAAAGAUGAAUGCUCCAGAAUGGCCUUACAUUUUAUUUGCUGCUCUUGGAUCAAUUGUCGUUGGUUUUGGAAUGCCCGUUUUUGCAGUCUUGUUUGGAAGUAUUUUAGGGACGUUGGCAAAUGGUGAUUCGGACUCUGUCAGAUCUGAAGCUAACAGAUAUUGCUUAUAUUUUGUGCUGGGAGGAGUUAUAACUAUGGUAUCAGUAUUUACUCAGAUGUCUCUAUUGGGUAUAGCUGGUGAGAAAAUGACAUUAAGGGUUAGGAGUAGAGUAUUUAAAGCAAUGAUAUACCAGGAAAUCGGCUUCUUUGACAAAAAGACGAAUGGAGUUGGAGCCCUUUGUGCAAAAUUGUCUUCGGAUGCUUCUAACAUUCAAGGCGCAACAGGAAUUCGGGUUGGAACCAUUCUUCAAUCAAUAGCCACAUUUUGCUUAGCAAUUGGUCUUUCCAUGUAUUACGAGUGGAAAUUAGGAUUAGCUACAGCAGCUUUUAUACCAGUUAUGUUGAUUGCUAUGUUCUUUGAAAAAAGAAACACCAGAGGCGGAAAUGAUUCAAGAGAUUCCGCACUACAAAAAUCAACAAAAACUGCAGUAGAAGCCAUCGGUAAUAUACGAACAGUUGCUUCUUUGGGCUUAGAAGAAAAAUUUCAGCACAUAUAUGAAUCUGAGCUUAUGCCGCAUUAUAAAUCCUCUUUAAAAGCAGUGCACUGGAGAGCAAUUGUAUUUGGUCUUUCCAAGAGUUUGUUGUUCUUUGCCUAUUCUACUGCAAUGUAUUAUGGUGGAUUUUUGAUUAGGGAUGGAUUGCCGUAUGACAGAGUAUUUAAAGUAUCUCAAGCACAAAUUAUGGGUACAGUUUCAAUUGCUAACUCACUGGCGUUUUCUCCAAACUUUGCUAAGGGUAUAACUGCAGCAAAAAAAGUUAAAAGCUUUCUUUCAAGAAUACCUAUCAUUCGGGAUAUACCUUCUUCACGAAAAAUGGAUAAGGCAGCUGGCAAUAUAAAUUUUUCACAAAUCGAAUUUACAUAUCCAACACGACCCAACGUAUUAAUCUUAAAUGGUCUUAAUUUGGAUAUUCUAAAUGGAAAAACUGUAGCACUAGUUGGAGAAAGUGGUUGCGGAAAGUCUACGAUAAUUCAGCUCAUUGAGAGAUUUUAUGAUCCUAAAUCUGGAGAAGUAAAAAUGGAUGGUGUAGAUUUAAAAGAUAUAUCACUAGAUUCGUUGAGGUCGCAUAUGGGUAUCGUAUCACAAGAACCAAAUCUGUUCAAUAAGUCUAUUGCUGAAAAUAUUGCUUACGGAGAUAAUUCAAGGGAAGUCAGUAUGGAGGAGAUAAUUAAAGCUGCCAAAGAUGCUAACAUUCAUACUUUUAUAACAGGAUUACCACAGGGAUAUGAUACCAAACUUGGAGAGAAAGCUGUUCAAUUGUCUGGUGGACAGAAACAAAGAAUUGCAAUCGCUAGAGCAUUAGUAAGAAAUCCAAAAGUUUUACUUCUUGAUGAAGCUACAUCUGCACUGGACACUGAAAGUGAAAAGGUUGUCCAAGAAGCAUUAGAUGAAGCGAAAAAAGGAAGGACGUGUAUUACGAUUGCCCACAGAUUAACAACCAUACAAGAUGCAGACUUGAUAUGCGUAGUCGCAAAUGGUGUAAUUGCUGAAUCCGGGAGCCAUCAAGAACUUCUGCAAAAGGAGGGACUUUACUACAAAUUAUAUACUCAGAAAACGUAA